ACUCACCCAUAAAUGUGAAGAAAAUUUGAACAAGAUCCUUACCCGUAGCCAGUUGCCACCAACCAUAGUCUCUCACAGCAGAUCUACCUUUGUAUAUGUGUCGGUAGGUUUCUAUAUAACCACACUUCCACUCCUCACACUGCGCGCUUGCUCUAACUCUCCCUUCCUCACCUCAUACCACAAGCUAUAAAAAAGGUAGAAAAUGAAGAUCAUAGAGAAAAUACGCGAUGCCACAGCUGAUCCAAACAGGGUGGUGUUCUCCUUUGAGUUCUUCCCGCCCAAGACUGAGGAUGGGGUGGACAAUUUGUUUGAGAGGAUGGAUCGCAUGGUGGCUCACAAUCCCUCGUUUUGUGAUAUCACCUGGGGUGCUGGUGGAACCACAGCUGAUCUAACAUUGGAAAUUGCCAACAGGAUGCAGAACAUUGUCUGUGUGGAGACCAUGAUGCACCUUACCUGCACUAACAUGCCUGUUGAGAAGAUAGACCAUGCUCUCCAGACCAUCAAGUCCAAUGGCCUCCAAAAUGUGCUUGCUCUUCGAGGUGAUCCCCCACAUGGCCAGGACAAAUUUGUGCAGGUUGAAGGCGGCUUUGCCUGUGCACGCGAUCUGGUGAAACACAUCAGAGCUAAAUAUGGUGACUACUUUGGCAUUACUGUUGCCGGUUAUCCAGAGGCACAUCCAGAUGUUAUAGGAAGUGAUGGAUUGGCUACAGCAGAAGGUUAUCAAAAAGAUCUUGAAUACCUGAAGAGCAAGUUCGAUGCGGGAGCAGAUGUGAUUGUCACCCAGUUAUUUUAUGAUACGGAUACAUUCCUGAAAUUUGUGAAUGACUGUCGCCAAAUCGGAAUAACUUGUCCUAUCGUACCUGGAAUUAUGCCCAUUAAUAAUUACAAGGGCUUUCUCCGUAUGACUGGGUUUUGUAAAACCAAGAUACCAGCUGACAUUAUGUCUGCUUUAGAGCCUAUCAAGGACAAUGAAGAAGCUGUCAAGUCUUAUGGAGUUCACUUGGGAACUGAAAUGUGCAAAAAGAUUUUAGCUCAUGGAAUUAAGACAUUGCAUCUUUAUACACUAAAUAUGGAGAAAUCAGCAUUAGCAAUACUAAUGAACCUUGGCUUAAUUGAAGAGUCCAAAAUUUCUAGAUCCUUACCAUGGAGACGUCCCACAAAUGUUUUCCGUGUUAAAGAAGAUGUCCGUCCAAUCUUUUGGGCAAAUCGUCCAAAAAGCUACAUAUCACGAACCAUAGGAUGGGAUCAAUACCCACAUGGGCGUUGGGGUGAUUCCUGUAACCCAUCAUAUGGUGCAUUAACUGAUUAUCAGUUCAUGCGACCACGUGCACGGGACAAGAAGCUUAUUGAAGAAUGGGUAGUUCCCUUGAAAAGCGUUGAAGAUAUAUAUGAGCGGUUUAGAAUGUACUGCAUUGGAAAGUUGAGAACCAACCCUUGGUCAGAAUUAGAUGGUCUUCAGCCAGAGACAAAGAUCAUCAAUGAGCAGCUGGAGAGGAUUAACGCAAAGGGCUUCCUCACAAUCAAUAGCCAGCCAGCUGUUAAUGGGGAAAAGUCGGAUUCUCCUACUGUAGGUGGGUGUAAAGGAAGUUUAUUUUUAUUUAUGCAUGAUAUUUUCUGGUCGUAUGUUUACAGUAUUUUAGUUUGUACUAGCUAUAGAAAGAUGCCUAACUUUCUGAUUCAAGUUAGAUAGUUGAACAUUUCUAGAGGUUUUCAUUUUGGAAUGAGUUAGAAGGUGUAGGUACUCGUGGCAGGCUGGAAGCACAAACAACUACAGUUACUUGUGUCCGGACCAUGGUUAUGGUCAAAUGUAUGCCAACCUUUCCCCUUUCUGUCCUAACUUGUAUAUAUUGUAAGGAUGUGCAACAUUUGUUAGAGAUAUGAUUAGAAUACUCGCCACAAGAUUUUGAUAAUCAUCUACCUUUUAGCUAGUUUAUGGGGUUAAGAGCCUAAAGUCUUGGUGUUAGGUUACCUGCACAUGUCCAGUUCUGGGAUAUGGGAGUAUGCUGAGAUGUCUAGCUAGCAAUAUUGCCAAAAAUAUUCCCUACAAGAAUCGCACAAUCCUAUUCCAUUGAGCUAGGUUUUAGGGUUGAGUAAGGCUCAUUUCCUUCCCCAAUACAUUGAUACCUUUUGCUAUUUCUAUCAUUUAUUUACUAGUUUCAAAGAGGCUACUAACAGUUAGGUUGAUUACCCUUUGAACAUGGUCUUCCAGUAGGUAUCUUUGGUUCAAAUUUUCAACAAGGAUAAGUAGGCAUGUUAACUUUUAGCACUGGCUGUCUAAUUUCUGUCCUGUCUUUAUUCAUAACCUGAAUAUUGAAGCCUGUGAUUGGAUUAAAUAGGGAAUUCUAUUGAAGCAAAUCUAAAUUCAAAGCAUGGAAUCCAGCCUUUUUAAUUUCUUAUUUUUGUCUCUGCAGAUCUGUUUUUUUUUUUUUUUUUUUUAUAUAAUUUCCUAGUAAUUUCUUUUUCAUGCUUCUUGUUGGUUUGCUAAAUCUGAUGCUGUUGCUAAUGGAUAACUAGUAUGGUGCCACAAUUCGGAAUGUGACUACACAAGGGGAAAUGUA